AUGUCGCCACGGACCAGCCAUGCUCGGCGCGGUAUGAAUGAAGAUGUGUUCGCCAACAUGAUACAAGUAAAACGUAUCGCCGACACGGAUGAUGUUCGGAUCAUGUACCAACCCUGGGGAAAAUCCUCGACGGUGGCAGAGGGCGGCUUCGCCGACCGUGAUAAGUGGCUGCUCUGGACGAUCAUCCUGGCAGCGCUGAAUCCAGGCACUCAUCGUUCUCAGGUCUGGAUGCACGGCGUUUCCACCCUGUCAGUGGCUACCCGGUACGGUAGUGGGGGGUUUGGAUUCGAUGGGGUAACGAUGCUGUUCGAAGGGUGGGAUCCACUGGAGGAGAGACGAAAGGGGGAUAAGCUGCAAGGCACGGAAUGCUCGGCAGAUCAACUUGAAGCUCAAUUGCGUGGGAUGACCGGGACCAAAAGUGUUGAAUGGAGCGUCGUUGAGACUCUUUGUCUGGCAAUGAAUGUGGAAGACUACCGUGUCAUGUUUCGAGAUGAUGCGUAG